GGUAUAAAUGGGUCGGAGCGGACGGAGGAGGCGUCAAACCCGAGCGGAGCGGCGCAGAGAGAGGAGUUCAGAUCCCGAGCAGAGGCCAACAUGAAGGUUUUCAUCAUUCUGGCCGUCCUGGCUUCGGCAUCCGCCCAGAGCUGGGCGCCGCAGCGGCAGUACCAGAGGCCGCAGCCGCAGUACCGGCAGCCGGAGCCUCAGUAUCAGCAGCCGGAGCCCCAGUACCAGCAGCCUGAGCCUCAGCCCCAGUACCAGCAGCCGGAGCCUCAGCCGCAAUACCAGCAACCGGAGCCGCAGCCGCAAUAUCAGGAACCGGAGCCCCAGCCCCAGUAUCAGGAGCCGGAGCCCCAGCCCCAGUAUCAGGAGCCGGAGCCUCAGCCUCAGUACCAGCCCGCCCCUCAGCCCCAGCCCCAGUACCAGCCCGCCCCUAAGCCUCAGCCGAGUCCUAAGCCCCAGCCCCAGUACCAGCCCGCCCCCUCUCCCCAGCCUCAGUACCAGCCCGCUCCCCAGCCCCAGUACCAGCCCGCCCCUCAGCCCCAGUACCAGCCCGCCCCCUCUCCCCAGCCCCAGUACCAGCCUGCCCCUAAGCCUCAGCCGAGUCCUAAGCCCCAGUCGCAGUACCAGCCUUCUCCCGCACCCCAGCCCCAGUACCAGGAGCCUGAGCCCCAGUACCAGCCUGCCCCCAAGCCUCAACCGAGCCCCAAGCCCCAGUCUCAGUACCAGCCCGCCCCCAAGCCCCAGCCCCAGUAUCAGCCUGCCCCUAAGCCCCAGCCGAGCCCCAAGCCCCAGCCGCAGUACCAGCCCGCCCCUAAGCCCCAGCCCCAGUACCAGCCGGCUCCGCAGUACGCGCCGGCCGAGUACGAGCCGGCCCAGUACCAGUACGAGUACGCGGUGCGUGACGAGUACUCGGGCUCGGAGUACAGCGCCCAGGAGACCCGCGACGGCAGCAACGUGCAGGGCGGCUACUCGGUGCUGCUGCCCGACGGGCGCACCCAGCGUGUCACCUUCUCCGUGGAGGGCGACUCGGGAUUCGUGGCCGACGUCCAGUACGAGGGCACCGCGCGCCCCUACGUGGCUCCUGAGCCCAAGUACGAGCCCAAGCAGCCCAGCUAUGAGCCGGCCCCGGCGCCCCAGCAGCCCAGCUACGAACCCGCCCCGGCGCCCCAGCAGCCCAGCUACCAGUAGACGGGAGGUCAGCGGUCCCGCACACCCUCACCGGAGGUUUGCGGAGAUUCAAUGCAGGCCUCAGGGCCGCUUUGUUACCCAUUAUGAUACUCUAGUGGCUUUCAGUGAUUCAGUGUUUGUAUGUGCUGUGUGUGGCUCAUUUGCGGUCCUGAUAUCCGAGCACUUCCUAGUCUGUUACAUGUUGUAUCUCGCUAAACCGUCCAUCGCUAAGCGUCUUUCAGCUAACAGUGCUCGCUGAAAUGGGUGAUCUGCUAGCGCUCGGCUAAUUACAGUCAUUCCUAUUCCCGAAGCGUGCCGUUAUUCAUGCUCUUCCGAUUCACCCUAAAUGCUACCCCCUUUGUAUAUCCCUGUGUCACUUGUCAUGGCAUCCUGCACCUGCCCAUAGCUUUGCACCAUCCCACGCCCACUUAUUCUUUUGUUGCUGCCUUUCCAGCCAAGUUUCUUUUUAUACACUCUGCAAAACAUAACUUUCAUCCCAUGCCACCCUUCUGCCAUAUUGCCGCCUGUGUGCAGCCCCUCAGCACACAGUGUAUUGUUAUGUCAAUGUAUAUAGUGCAUCGUCAUGUCUGGUAAUAAAUGUUUGUGUCUGCCAUCAUACACGUGUUUUGAUCUGAAUAGAGCCAAAAAUACAUGUCUGCCAAGGCA